AGGGUGACAUGCGCACUGCACUCCAUACAACAGGCGACUUCACAGUGCUGAGAAAAGAAAAAACAAAACCGGACAGCCUGCGUUCUUUGUGUCUCGUCCAGUGACAACUUCCUGUCCAGUUUAGGAACAUUGCAUGUCGUUGUUGUUGCUGGAUAUCGCACCCGUACUGGAAGCGUCCGGAUUUUUCAAUGGAGACCUGUUGAAUUCCCUCCGGCGCGGCGCUGAAGCCUCCGAUAUAAUAAUGAUUCAACACUGAGACCCGAGGACAAAGAAGACGUCAGCCAUCCCAGUCACCUGCAGGACCAUCAUGGAAAUGUUGGAUACUCAGAGUGCCUUGGAGGCUGUGGAGCGACUACAAGCCAAACUAAAGGAGAGAGGGGAGGCUCCCAUGCAAGAAAAACUCUUUCUGCUGACAACAGUGCUGCAGAGCCCCUUAUUCCAUCAUAUACUCAGCUUACAGCAGGCUCAGCGGAGGCCCCCGCUCAAGAGCAAAGGUAUCUCCAAGUCGGUGUCCAUGAACUGCGGCUCACGUCCAGACGCAGGCCCGGGACUGAAGGGGAUGAGCCACAGUGAUUCCUAUACGUGGGCCAUGGAAAGCCGACGGUCACUGCAUCGAGAUGGAAGUAAUUCCUCUCUAGGCUCCCAGGAUCUUUCAUUCUCUGAUGCUUUCUCCGAUAACUACAUAAACGUUGAAUCGCAGUACUGCACUCCUCCAAGAAUAUCCCGAACCAUGUCCAUGGGUAGAAACCUGUCUUCCAUUGCCCAUGAGAGACGUCAUGUGGAGAUGAUCGAGCUUAUUAAUGAUGGCAAAGGGCUCGGCUUUGGCAUCAUUGGAGGGAGGAGCACUGGGGUCAUGGUUAAAACCAUACUUCCAGGCGGUGCCGCUGGACGGGACAAGCGGCUCCGUAGUGGAGAUCAAAUAUUGCGUAUUGGUGAUACAGAUCUGGCUGGCAUGAACAGUGAACAGGCCGCACAGGUGUUGCGAAAUGCUGGAACCAAAGUCAAACUGAUGAUAGCCAGAGAUGGGACCAGAGACGACAACAUCUCUUCCCCGCAACUCAGCCAGGACAGCUUGGAUGGCAAGCUUAACAACUUGAAUAAGGACCAUGAGUACAAUGUGCAGUUUACAAAAAACAGCCAUGGACUGGGAUUCACAAUCUCAAGUUAUAUUGGUGAUCUGAACUCAGUGUACAGCGCUGGUGUGAUGGUGAAAAGUAUUGUAAAAGGCAGCUCUCUGGAUCAACAUGGACAGAUCCACAUUGGAGAUAUCAUUUUGUCUGUGGACGGCGUGAGUCUGCACGGCUGUAGUGAGCAACGUGUGAUGGAACUGCUGAGAAGGACGGGCCCCACUGUCAGGCUUAGAUUGUUGCGGAAGGCUGUCCACAACAUGCCUCCGGUUCCCCCCCUGCAGCCUCUCCGACACUCCCAUAGCUUCAAUGACGGAAUGUCUUACACAGUGGAUCUCAAGGAGAUUCAGGAGACAGGAAUCAGCACCCUGCGUGAAAUGUGCCAGAGAGCAGCAUGUGCCAUCAAUCAACAACAUCAGGAUGGAGUAACAAUGACACCGGCUGAAGAAGAUGCCUUGAGGAUGAGGUGGCAGCAUGCACUCGGUCCCCGCUAUGACGUCGUUGUGUGUCAGCUGGAGCGCUUCAGUGAAACAAGUGGACUUGGAAUUAGUCUCGAGGCCCGAGCUGGACAUCAUUACCUGUGCUCAGUCUUACCUGAGGGUCCGGUUGGUCAAAGUGGAAAGAUCUUUACAGAAGACCAGAUACUAGAGGUGAAUGGGAUUCCAUUAAUUGGUGAAACACACAAGGAAGUAGUGAAUAUUUUGAAGGAGCUUCCCUUGAGUGUAUGCCUCGUUUGCUGCCGUAUCCGACCCCCCACAAUUCCCGACAGCGAAGACGAGGACGAAGAGGACGAUGUUCAGCUUUCUCUGAAAGAGCUACUGGCCGAAUUCAACGAUAAGUUGGACCAGGGCUGUGUUAUCCCCUGUCCUACAGCUGAGGACAUUACAAAGCGCGGCGUGCCCCCCAUGUCUCCGCCUCUGGCUAUGUGGGAGCGAGACGCUCAGGUGGUGGAGCUGGAGAAAGGAGAGUUAGGACUCGGCUUCAGCAUCCUGGACUACCAGGAUCCAGAGGAUGCCACAAAGACUGUCUUAGUCAUUCGGUCCUUGGUACCAGGUGGAGUUGCAGACCAAGAUGGCCACCUCCUUCCUGGAGAUCGUCUCCUGUUUGUCAAUGAUGUUGACCUGGAAGGCUCCAGUCUGGAUUAUGCUGUGCAUGUCCUGAAAUCCACUGGAUACGGCCCUGUCCGCAUCGGUGUUGCCAAGCCGCUCCCACUGGAACUUUGUGGCGGCUUGACACCCAUCGCUGAGGGCAGUGUGCUGGUUACCUGCGAUGACAAUGAAAUCCAUUCUCAGGUCGGCCUGUUAGCCGAGGCUAACAGUCACACUUGGAACAACAGCUUCACGCAGCCAUAUUACACAGUAACGGAAAAUCGGCCACGACAGAGAUUUGGCAUCAUGGAAAAUAACUCGAACACCCAAGAUCCCCCGACAGCGCACAUGAAUUUUGAGAGGACAGUCACUGUUGAUCGGGGCAGCCAAAGCCUUGGGAUGUCUGUGAGUGCUAUCAAGGACGGCUCAGGCCUGCUGGUGCGGAGUGUUGUCCAGGGGGGGGCUGUGUGCCAGGAUGGCAGACUAGGGGUGGGUGACGUCAUCUUGGCUUUCAAUGGAGAGUCUACAUGCAGCCUGAACACCGCCAAAGCCAGAGCGAUGCUUCGGAGACACUCUGUUCUUGGACCUGAGAUCAGCAUAACUUAUGUUGCAGCGCACCAGGUGGACGAGUAUCGCGCACAGCUAUGUCUGCCGUCUAUUACCUCAGUCCAAGAGGGAGCGUUGUGUUCCACGCCGACACCUCCAACCGGCUCUCCUGAACCUCCCAUGCUGGCUUCUGCCAGAACUCCCAGUCCAGAUCUCAAAGUGACUCAGCCGUCGUCAGCACUUCGACAUUCUGCCUCUGUCAAAGGUCAUGCAGCUGCUCCGAGUGCUGUCCCGAUCAAGAGCGCUCUGUCAUUCAGAAGUCCUCUGCAAAGCCUGGCUGUUGUGCCCACGAUCCACCCAGCUCCUGACUCAAGUUGGAUGAAGUGUCUCACAAAGAGCGAUAAGCAAGAUGAGGCAAAGGAGAAAUACCAUUUGGGUAAAACGUUGGAGUUACACGUUGACGGCGUGAAGGAUGAAGAAGAGUUUCAUUCUCAUCCGCCGGUAUCAUGGGAUCAGCCCAGAAGUGUGCACCUAACUCGAGCUCGGGGCCAGUCCCUCGGCAUCAGCAUAAUGGGUGGCAGAGGAAUGGGCCGACGACUGAGCAGUGGAGAGAUGAUGAGAGGAGUGUUCAUCAAGCAGAUCAGCCCUGACAGUCCAGCCGCACAUAAUGGCACCCUGCAGAUUGGAGACAGGAUACUAGAAGUGAGUGGCGUGGAUUUAAGAGAUGCCAGCCACGAACAGGCAGUGGAGGCUAUUCGCAGUGCAGGAGAUGACGUGGUCUUCCUGGUCCAGUCAGGACUACACGCUUCACAGUCUGCGGUGCUGGGAAACCAUGGAGGGCUACUUCCAAGCCAAGGGCUCAAGGCCGAAAAGGAACUGGUGCCUGUCAGUUGUCUGUUUAGUAGUCUCUCCCCUACGAACCCCUUCACGCCAAUCCCCUUCAAGGUACCUUCACCAACAUGUGAUAGAAAGGAUCGCAGAAGCCCCAUUACUCUCCCAGCCCCAAUUACAGCUGCAGCUGAGGACGAGGAAACCACUGGCAGAAAGAAGAUCUUUCAGCGCUAUGGCAGCUUAUCUGGCAAGCUGCAAAUGAUUGAGCUGGAAAAGGAUCCUGCUGUGCGUGAUUUGGGAAUCAGCCUUUCUGGCAACAAAGAUGACUCCAAAGCUCGCAUGAGUGUCUACGUGGCUGCUAUUGACCCUCGAGGACCUGCUGGAUUGGACGGCAGACUACGGGUGGGAGACGAGCUGCUGGAGGUCAAUGGGCAGAUCCUUUAUGGACGGAGUCAGCAAAAUGCUUCCACCAUCAUCAAUAACACUCCAUCUAAAGUCAAGAUUGUCCUCAUCAGAAAUGAAGCGGCACUGAGUGAAAUGGCUCCAGCAGCAGCGGCAGAGGACACGGUGGACAGGAGAGCAGCUGCACAACUGAAAGGAACACAUAGAGAUGUCCAGCACGCUUCUCUACAUCAGGAUCCUCUGAGUUUGGGUCUCCACCUCGCGCAAGAGAAGUCAAAGCCAGGAGCGUCAGUCAGUUCCCUGAUCCAGCCUGACUCCGACAGUAAGGGCGGCAGGACUCAAGCUAGGGAGCGUUUUUUUGCGGAUUUUGAUGACACUGGAACUGGACUGUCGUUGGCCAGCAAGGCGUCUGGUCCAAUUAGACAACAACGAAGCGCAGAGGAAACAUCCAUUACACGCAUCAAGAUCCCGACCUCCUCUGUAACCUCGCCUCCUCCAGAAUUCAAGUCCAAUUCCAUCUCUUUAUCUGCAACCCUUCCUGUCACCUCUGCGUCCUCUGCCUCCCUCUCUACCGCGCAGUCUUGCCCAUCGGGUCAGCCUAAUUGGCCGGCGUCCACUUCAGUGUCUGACCCCCGGACUUGUCCACUCGUGCCAGGCACAGAAACCGACAUUGAGAUUUGUAAAGGAAACAUUGGGCUCGGUCUCAGCAUCGUAGGCGGCUGCGACACCCUGCUGGGGUCGGUAGUCAUCCAUGAAGUCAAUGAUGGAGGAGCAGCACAGAGAGACGGUCGUCUGCAGGCUGGAGACCAGAUUCUGGAGGUCAAUGGCAUAGAUCUGCGACUGGCCACUCAUGAUGAGGCCAUCGGUGUGCUGCGACUGACCACCCAGCGCGUCCACAUGCGUAUCUUCCGGCAUCAUGAGGCCUACAGGGAGGAGGACCUGUGGGAUGUCUUCACUCUGGAGCUGACAGCGGACGCCAGAGAGGGCCUGGGAUUCACCACUGUUGGAAAAAGUAAUGACACGGGCAUCUUUGUGUCAGAUAUCAUUAAUGGAGGCGUAGCGGAUUUAGAUGGAAGGUUGUUGCUGGGUGACCAGAUUCUGUCAAUCAAUGGAAGGGAUGUCCGCGGCGCAUCACAAGAUUAUGCUGGAAAACUUCUGCAGUGCUGCGGUGGAACAGUGCGUCUGGAAGUGGCUCGCUUUAAAGCUGGGCUGCAGUGUCCACCGAGAAACCAGGACUACUUUAAGUUGUGUUUUAUCCAGAUUGAAGACAGCGAGUGUUCCACCGCGACCCCGUUAAGCGGGUGCGAUCUUCCUCUCGACCAUCAGAGGGAGACAAACAACAAAACUUGCACCAACGCUGUCCACGAGUACAAUAAUGUGAGGCAAGUGACGAUGGCGAAGGGUCCUUGUGAAUCCCUCGGCAUCAGUUUGGCAGGAGGAGUGGGAAGUCCCCAUGGCAACGUACCUAUCUUUAUUGCUACCAUGGAUACCAAAGGACUUGCUGCCAAAACACAGCAAUUACAAACGGGGGACAUGAUUCUCAGCAUCAAUGACGUGUCCAUGGAGGGAAUGACUCAUGUCCAGUGUGGUGCACUGCUGAAGAACAUCUCCGGAACCCUCACUCUGAAGGUGGCGUCUUCGUCCAGCAGCCUUCAGGGUCACAGUGAUAUACCAGCAAAGUCAUCCGGUCAACCCUGCACGCUGCCCUGCUCCCAUAACAAUCUCUGCGCCCGGAUGUACAAGACCAUCGCCCUGGAGCGAGGCUCAUCCGGUCUGGGAUUCAGCAUCGUUGGGGGGUACGGCAGUCCUCAUGGAGACCUGCCCAUCUACAUCAAAACUGUCUUUAACAAGGGGGCUGCGAUCGAGGACGGCCGGUUGAAACGGGGAGAUCAAAUCAUCGCCGUGAAUGGACACUGUCUGGAGGGUGUGACCCACGCUGAGGCUGUCGACGUCCUCAAGAAGACCAAAGGAACCGUGGUUCUCACCGUUUUGUCCUGAAACCUGCCUCCAUAUAGCACCUCGAGAGGCUGAAUACUGUGUCAUAGAAACAAUAGAAACAGCGACUACCUGAGUCACAUUCACUGGUUAUAAAUGGCUCAGUCGAAGCCUACCUCCUCGACAUGUGCACACCAUGGAUUGUGUUUUACACGUAGUACACUUUAGUACCCAUUUCUCUUAUGUGUUUAUUUAUAUCAAUAUAGAACAUGAUCCACACCUAAAACAACCGCCGGUACAAACAAGGUCUUGCCCUCGUGCUCGGCCUCUGUGAAGUUGUGUUGAGUCGUUGCUCUCAAUAAUGCCAAGUGCGUCUGCCAAUCCUCUGUGUGGCAUGGAGGAGUUGUUUGAAAGAUUUGGUAUUAUCUCUACACAAGUGUGUGCUGGACUGCGCCGAAGAUUAGCUUCACUUUUUUGUAAGCAAAUGUGUUUUACUUUAGGCUCUCAUGGAUUCUGUUUAACGUGUAUUUCAUGUGCUAUGGUGGUAACAUGUUCCUGAAGAGUUUUUACUGUGACACAGUCCUUAUGGUGUGUGGCACUGAUCUGUGUGGAUGCCUGUUUGAACUGACUGAAUGCUGUGUGGGGUUCUGAACCACGGAUUGUAGACAGGUGCAAAUGGUGAGGGAAGCCUCUGUUUAAACCAGAGGUGGUGCGUUUCAUGGCUUGCUGAGACACAAGCAUCAAUGAAGCCAUCGAGUAAGGGGUCUUUAAUGAACCCGAGGAGAGUCACUAAGCACAACACGGUGCCGAACUGCAUUAUUUUGGGCCUGAAUUGAUCUGUUUAUUUCACUUCUUUGUUUAAUUAAUGGUAUUCCAAAUUCGAUGAGGAUGGUGAGCUUGCAACAAGUGCGACACCUGGCGGCAAGAUUGAUUCAGUUUUAACAAGCAUGGAACCCUCAAAAACAUAAACAAUGUACCUGAGUACUGCGGACCUUUUGGGGUCAUCUGACUGCUCUGAUGUGCAGGUGCCGAGUUUCAGGAGGCAAAAUCAAAUUUGCUAUGUGAAAUAAACAUUUUCACCGAAAGCAUAUACAAAUGGUUUGAAUGCUCGGUUCGCUGCUGUUGAAUUCUAAAGUUUGCUCCAUGAAUUGGAAUUAAAUAGUUGUGACAUCAUGUCAUCCAUCCGCAUCAGGGCCACUGGUUUUUGGACUGAACUUUUUACGAUGAAUGAGUGGUUAAAACAUGAGGUUCAACAGAAAAUGGUCUCACAGUAGCUUGAGACACAGACUGUGCAUCUACACCUUUAAUGUUUAGUUGUAUAGUGGCUUAUAUUAUUGCCAUUUUCAGUCCAUAACAUCCC